UGUCACAGGGCGUUAGAUACACUGUCCUUUCCCCCUCUGGGACUGGAUAUCACAGUGCGUUAGAUAAGAUGUUCCUUCUUACCUUCCAAUUCUGUUUCCUCCCUAUCCCCCUUUCUCUGUAACCUCCUCCAUCCCCCACAACCCUUCCUAUGUCUAUAAUCUCCUCCAGCCCCUAAAACCCUCCCUAUCUCUGUAACCUUCUCCAGCCCCUAAAACCCUCCCUAUCUCUGUAACCUCCUCCAGCCCCUACAACCCUCCCUCUCUCUGUAACCUCCUCCAGCCCCUACAACCCUCCUGAUCUCUGUAACCUCCUCCAGCUCCUCCCUACCUUUGAGGGUUGACUGGGGUGUUCCGGGUUCCCCCCUUUCGACAUGACUUGCGCUCAUAAGAUAGGAACCCGGCCUGUCUCCACACUGGGUGGGGUGCCUCUGUUGUGAUGACUCACUGCACCACCACUCGCAAUUGCAACACGUCAAAACUGGAGCUGGCCUCCUGGGAAGUCUCUGCCAAGUCCUCGUGAAGGGACGGAGAAGAGGAGUGUCUCAAAAGGAAUAGGAGAGAGAGAGACAGAGACAGAGAAAACCGACAAAGGCUCAGGGCAUGUGCGGUGACAAAACGGCCUGGAAGACUCCCCGGAUCCUCGGGAUGCUCCUGGCGCUCCUCGGCUGGUUGGGCGCCAUCGCCUCCUGCGCCCUCCCCCCCUGGCGGGUGAGCUCGCCCCCGCCCGUUAGCGGCGCCGCCCCACCGCUCUGGGAGGGCCUCUGGAUGUCCUGCUCGUCGAACGGCACCUCCGCCCGGCGCUGCCUCGCCUACGACUCGCUGCUGGACCUGCCUCAGGACCUGCAAGCGGCCCGGGCCCUGACCCUCAUCGCCGCCGGCCUGGGGCUCCUGGCGACACUCGCCGGGGCAGCCGGCGCCCCCUGCUGCCGGGCCGGGGGGGACCCGCGGUGCCGUGGCAACCUGUCGGUGUCGGCCGGCUUCGCCUUCCUCGCCUGUGGCCUCCUGAUGCUCCUGACCGCCGGCUGGUCCACCCACGCCGUCCGGCAGGACUUCUCCGACCCCCUGGUGACCCUGGACGCCAAGCGGCAGCCGGGGGCGUCCAUCUUCCUGGCCUUCGCUGCCGGGGGGGCCCAGCUUCUCGGCGGGCUCCUCCUGUGCUUCUCCUGGCCCAGGGAGGCCGAACUCUACCCGGCCAACUUCCACAACGCCUCGUCCACCGCCAGGAAGUCCGGCCGUGCCGCCGUUUGACCCCUGCCGUCUAGCCGGGUUGGCUAAAACCCCCACCCCUCCCCCGGCCCUCCCACCCUCACCGCCGCUCCCCCUC